AUGUCUUUGAUCGACAAUAACAAUUGCAAUAACAACAACAACAAUAAUAAUAAUAAUAAUAAUAGAACUAGUUUAAAUGACGAUGAAACAUCUGAUUGUAUUCAAGUUACAUUGACAAGAUCACCUUUACAUGGUUUUGGUAUAGCGAUUAGUGGUGGAAAUAAUGAAAAUAAAUUGAUUGAUUUAAAACGAAAUAAUAUUUCAUAUCAUGAUGAAAAUCAAUUUGAUAAUCAAUCAUUAAUUGUUUGCGAAGUUAUUAAAAAUGGACCUGCAGAUGGAAAACUUUUUCCAAACGAUCAAAUUCUAAGUGUUAAUGGUCAUCCAGUUAUACGUCAUAUGGAACAUUCAGCAUUAAAAUUAAUUCGUGAAUCAACUGAUUUUGUUAAUUUAAUUGUUCGAAGACGAAAGCAUCCUGUUAUUGUCUCAGAUAGUCAACCACCUGUUAAAUGUAUAUUAAAUAAAACACGUAAAGAUGAAAAAUUUGGUAUUGUUCUUGGGUGUCGAUAUUUCAUUAAAAAAAUUCAUUAUAAAAAUAAUGAUAAAUUUAUCAAUCUUCAUGAAGGUGAUGAAGUUAUUAAAAUAAAUGAAACACUUGUUGAUCGUUUAACAUUACAUGAAGCACAAAAAUUAAUUGAUAAAGCUAAAGAACGACUUGUUCUUUUUGUUAUACCUAAUAAAUUAAAUCAUGAUAAAUUAGUAUCUUAUCCAAUAGAAAAUGGAAUUCAUAAUCAUCAAGAUGGUCUAUCAAUACCAAUUGUUGUUCAUGAUCGACCAUCAUCUUCACGUAAAGAAUUACAAGCAGAUUAUAAUCAACAUAUAUUUGAACGACCAACAAUUAAUCGUCAUGAUUUUAUGCGAUCAAACACUGGAACAAGAUAUGUAUCUUUUUUUACUGAUACAACUAGUAUGGGUAUUCGAUUAGCAGGUGGUGAUAAACAUGGUUUAUUUAUUUGUGAAGUACAACCAAACAGUGUAGCACAUAAAGCAGGAUUACUUGUUGCUGAUAAAAUAUUUAGUGUAAAUAAUAUUGAUUUUACAACUUUAACGCGUGAAGAAGCUGUUCUAUGUUUAAUGAAUAUGAAAACAUUACAAGUGAAUAUGAUUGUAGCUAAUUUACGUCAUGAAUAUGAACAAUUAUUAGCUGAUAUUGGCGGUGAUUCAUUUUAUAUUCGUGCUCAUUUUACUUAUAAUACAACAAAUGAAGAAGAAUUAUCGAUUCGUGUAAAUGAUAUUUUUCAUGUAACUGAUACACUUUAUAAUGGUCAAGUUGGAUAUUGGGUUGCAACGAAAUUAAAUGCACCACCAUCACAAAUGAAAAUAACUGGUGCUGUACCAAAUAAAUUACGAGCAGAACAAUUAGCAAGUGUUGCUCCAAGUCUUGAUCAAUUAAUUAAAUCUAAACAACCAUCAUUUAAACGUAAAUUACGAUCAAAAUUUAGUGAUAAACGAUCACGUUCAGUUUCAUCAAUACAUCAUUUAAAAGAAGAUUCUUUUUUCGCUAAAGUUACUUGUUGGAAGCCGUUGACCAAUUCGAAAUUUCCUGCAUAUGAACGUGUUGUUCUUAAAGCUGUAACUAUUAUUCGUCCUGUUGUUCUUUUUGGUCCUUUGGCUGAUAUUGCACGAGAUCGUUUACUUAAAGAAUAUCCUGAUCUAUUUGAAUUACCUCGUAUCGAAACACAAUCUCCAACAAAAGCACGAGCUAAUGUUAUUAAAUUACAAAGUAUCAAAAAUGUUAUUCAACGAAAUCGUCAUUGUUUACUUGAUAUAACUCCAACAGCUGUUGAACAAUUAAAUUAUGCUCAAUGUUAUCCAAUAGUUAUUUAUUUUAAAGCAUCUGAUCGUCGACAAAUAAAACAAAUACGUCAUGAAUAUGGAAAACUUUAUCAAAAAUCUUCUCGACGUUUAUAUGAAUCAUCUGAACGUUUAGAAUUUUUAUUUUCAUAUUUAUUUACAUCAAUAAUAAAACUUGAUUCAACAGUAAAUUGGUAUAAAACAUUAAAAGCACAAAUUGAAAUUGAACAAGAACAACCAAUAUGGAUGAGUGAUGAUCGUCCAGCUGAUAAAGAUUUACCAAAUUCUGAUGAAUAUUUUAUUUCAACACGACAAAGUUAUUCAGAUGAUAAUUGUACUCGUGAUGAAUCAAGUCCUGAUUCUGAUAUGAUGAAUACACAACAGAGAAAAGGAAAAAAUUAUUUACAACGUGUUGCAUCAGAUCCUGUUAUGUUUCCAAGAGAUAAAAUUCGUUCAUAUGCAACUGAUUCUCAUCAUGAUUUUGAUGAUGAUGAUGAAGAAGAGGAAGAAGAAGAUGAUAAUAGUACAUUUUUGCAAAAUUCUACAAUAUCAUUACCAAAUCGUAGUCAUUCAGUAACAGAAAUGCAAACAACAAAUGGUGAACAACAGCAACAACAACAACAACAACAUCGAUCAGGAUUAAUACAUUCAAAUUCAAUAGCAAAUAAUUCACGUCUUUAUCAAAGAUCAUUAUCAUAUAUAAAAACUAUUGAUAAUAAUAAUAAUAAUAAUAAUUUCGAACCAACUAUCAAUAAUAAUGAUGAUUUAUUUCAUACAGAUAAAUAUAACAUUGAUCGAAAUUCUUCAAUAAAUUAUCAUUCAACAACAAAUGGACAACAAAUUUAUCAUCCUGAUUCAAUAACACAUGUUGAACAAGAUGAUCUUUAUCGUUUACAACGUUUAUAUCAUCAAGAUGAACAAGAAAAGUAUAAAAAUCAUUUUGAAAAUGAAAAUUUAUCUAAUACACAAAGCACUACUAAGCUUAAUUCAGCACCUUUUAUUAAAACACAUACGCACGAAACUAAUGGUUUAUCAUUAAAUUCAAUAAAUGGUAAAACAAAUCGAAUUUCAUCAAGACGACCACUUAUUGCACCUAAACUUCGAACAAUACAUACAACAAAUGAAAGACUUAGUUCAAGUGAUAGUGGAGGAUCUAUUCAACAUAAUAUGAGAAAAAUUGCAACAGAUAAAUCAACUAUGACAAUGAUGGAAAAAAAAAUUCCUCGUAAUGGUUUUGCUACUUGGAAUAAACCUUCAUCAUCUACUUCAUCUAGACCAACAAUUUUACCAUCAUAUUCGAAUGGUAUUGAUUCUUAUAGUAAUAAUAUGGACCCAUCUUAUCGUAUAAUUCGUUGUACAUCAAUGGAUACUGUUCGUCGUAAUGAACAAAUACCAUCGAGUAAUUCUAAUGAUAAAUUACGUGCAGAAUCUUUAUUAAAACAAAAAAUGUGUUCAAGUAAAAAACAUAAUCAUACAUCAAUUGGUUCGGUUUUUCCAUCAGAAAAUUUCAAACCACAAUCAUUUUCUACAACAACAACAAAUUUAAAUCAUCAACCAUCAACAAAUCGACAUGUUUAUCAAAACAGUGAAUUUCCAUUACAAAAACCACGUGUUUAUACACAUGAUGAUCGAUCUUUUAUUGGACAACAACAACAACAACAACAACA